AAUUAUGUUAACAAAUUAACACUCCACAUUUGUUAAGUCACACGUAAAGAACGAAGAUCAACUUAAGAACAAUGGCAUUCAAACUUGUAUUUGCUUUAGCUCUAGUGGCCACAGUUACAGCAGGUUAUGUUCCUCUCCAGCAUCAAAAAGUUUACUAUGCUGAACCUGCCUAUCAUGCUGCGCCAGUACAACAUCAUGUUGUGCCUAUAGCCCACAAGGUUUACUCCAAAACAGCUGAAGAAUACGAUCCACACCCUCAGUAUAAAUUCUCUUAUGGUGUAGAUGAUAAGGUAACAGGCGACUCAAAGUCUCAACAUGAGGAACGUGAGGGUGAUGCUGUGCAUGGUCAAUACACUUUAAUUGAUGCCGAUGGCUACAAACGUACUGUCACCUACACAGCUGAUGAUCAUAAUGGAUUCAAUGCCGUUGUACAUCGUGAACCUUUGGUUAAAGUAGCUCAUGUUGCUCCCGUUGCUGUUAAAACCCAUUAUGCCCAUGUUCCCGAGGUAGUCAGUUAUCACAAAGCUGCUUCUUCUUAUUAUAACUAUCAUCAUUAAAUUAGAAAUGGAAUGUUGUAAAUCAUUACCAUGGGAACUUGUUGCAGUAUUUUGUAUUUUUUAUAUUCGAUAGAUUUAAGUGUUCAUGUGAUAAUAUAUUUUGUGGUAAACUGUUUUGAGAUUUAUUACUGUAUUUGAAAUAAGUUUGAAUAAAAUGAAAAGCAUUCAAUAUCAAA